AUGUCGAGCAACUCUGGACUGACAGUAUUUGUCCAGGUGCACAAUGGCAUUUCAAAGGUGGCACACACCAGAGGUCCCAAGCAAAAAUUAAAGCGUGAGGACCCAGUACAGAAAGUUGUGCAGUGUUGGUUCGAAGCAACAGAAGAGUUUCUACCGGACUGCUCAGAGUUGGUUGACUGGUCCGUAUUGAAAAACUCAGCAGCCAACCUGAACGAGUACACCACUACCGUUACAGACUUCAUUAGUAAGUGUGUAGAAGACUGCGUCCUGAGGAAGUUAAUCCAAAUGUUCCCCAACCAGAAACCGUGGAUGAAUCGGGAGAUCCACUCCUUAUUGAAGACCAGGUUUGAAGCGUACAAGUUGGGCAACCCUGACCUACAUGGGAAAUCCAGCGAGAAAGAAGAAUCUGAACAGAAGAAAGAUAAGCAGCGCCUGAAGAAGAAGAAGGAAUCAGAUUUGCCUUCUGCUAUAUUACAGAUCAGUGGGGUCUCUGAGUUUACCAAAAAAAGAAGUAAACUAGUUCUUCCUGCACCACAGAUCUCUGAUGCCGAACUGGAAGAAGUGGUCAAAAUUGGUCAGGCUAGUGAGAUGGCCUGUCAGACGGUCGAAGAAUCCGGAAUGCCAAACUCCGCUUCCAAUGCUCUCAUAUCUGAAUAUAGCAUUGCCAACACUGGUUUGAGUUUGCGAACUGCACGAACUCCUGCAGCACAAGAUCGUAUUCUCCAGGAAGCUCAAAACUUGAUGGCGCUGACAAAUGUUGAUACACCUUUAAAAGGUGGACUGAACACACCUCUCCAUGAAAGUGAUUUUUCGGGAGUAACCCCACAGCGACAGGUGGUACAGACACCGAACACUGUGCUUACUACACCCUUCAGGACUCCAACACAUGAUAAUGAUGGCUUGACUCCACGUAGUGGAAUGACACCUAAACCUGGUGUUGCAGUGACCCCAGGAAGGACUCCUUUACGAGAUAAGUUGAAUAUCAACCCAGGAGAAGAAAUCGCCGAUUAUAAUGAUCCUUCAUACAACAAGCAAUUGGAAAGAGAGCAUCGAGAGCAACUGCGAAUGGGACUGCUGAACCUUCCAACUCCAAAGAAUGAUUUUGAAAUCGUGCUCCCAGAGAAUGCAGAGCGAGAGCUUGAGGAACCAGAGGCAGAAGAUAACUUCAUAGAAGAUGCCGCUGAUGUAGAAUCCCGUAGACAAGCAAUGAAAGAUGCUGAACGAGAGAGGGAGUUAAAAAAGAGGCACCAAUCAGUACAGCGAAAUCUUCCAAGGCCUACAGAGGUAAAUGAAACCAUUUUAAGGCCUCUGAAUGUUGAACCACCUCUGACUGAGAUGCAGAAAGCUGAAGAGAUGGUGAAGAAAGAAAUGAUCAUUAUGUUACACUAUGAUACACUUCAUCAUCCAUAUGUAGACCAAUUUGGAAAAAGAGGAAAAGGAGCAGGAUCAAGCUCUAGCAAUGCUGAGCAUAUUGCUUUCCUGGAACACAACAUAUAUGAAAAAAUCAGCAAAGAAGACAUGAAAAAGGCCAGUGAUUUGUUGACAUUGGAGAUGGAGGUUGUAAAACACGGUAUGGGACAUGGAGACCUUCCUCUUGAAGCAUAUAAUCAGGUUUGGGAAGAAUGUUACAGUCAGGUGUUGUAUCUACCUGGACAAAACAGGUAUACUCGAGCUAACCUGGCUAGCAAAAAAGACCGAAUAGAGUCACUGGAAAAGAAGCUGGAGACCAAUAGAAAUCACAUGACUACAGAAGCAAAACAGGCAGCAAAAAUGGAGAAAAAACUGAAGAUACUACUUGGAGGAUAUCAGUCACGUGCUACAGGUCUUAUGAAACAGUUGAGUGAUCUCUGGGAUCAGAUUGAGCAAGCACACCUGGAAUUAUGUACCUUUGAAGAAUUAAAGAAGCAUGAAGAUAUAGCUAUUCCAAGGCGACAAGAGUCUUUGAGGGAAGAUGUUGCACGGCAGCAGGAGAGAGAGAAGGAACUCCAGCAAAGGUAUGCAGAUCUACUUCUGGAAAAAGAAGGGCUUGUGACAGCCAAGUAUUGAAAACUGGAACCUCUGCUCUGCAUGCAUUUCAUAUUGCUCUGUACAGUGAACUCCAUUUAAGCAGUAUUUUCUGUUACAAUAAUGGAUUAGAAAGGAAACUUCAGUAAUGUCACCCCAUGCAAUUUGUGCUUAGCAUUUUGCUGUAGUAUAUAUGAAUCCUUUGUAUAUUCCACAUGGAGAGCAUAAGUAAUAUAUGGAGUAAAGUUCCUGUUUGGCAGUAGUGCAAGAAAACAAUGUUAAGCUGAUCUACUGUCAAAACCUCAGCAGUACUGAAUUAAAUAUUUUUCUGCACAUUUCUUAACUGUAUGUUAAACUUAUGAAAGGGUGAUUUGUACUGUGAUUUGAGUAAUAUUCUAAUAAAAUGUGAAAUUUGUUUAUUCUUUG